UAUACCAACCUCUUUCUUCACUUUACAUCUCUCUCCUGCAAUGGCCUUUUCAACUUUCACCACUGUUUCUCUACUUCUAUGCUCUUUCAAUCUUGUCUAUGGUGGUUGGGAAAGUGGCCAUGCCACUUUUUACGGCGGCGGGGAUGCCUCAGGAACAAUGGGUGGUGCUUGCGGAUAUGGAAAUUUGUAUAGCCAAGGAUAUGGUACAAACACUGCAGCACUUAGCACUGCUCUAUUCAAUAAUGGUUUGAGUUGUGGGUCUUGUUACGAGAUGAGAUGCAAUGACGACCCUAAAUGGUGUCUCCCUGGUUCCAUAAUUGUAACUGCUACCAAUUUCUGUCCACCUAACCCUGGUUUGUCUAACGAUAAUGGUGGGUGGUGCAACCCUCCCCUUCAACAUUUUGACCUGGCUGAGCCUGCUUUCCUACAAAUUGCACAAUAUCGAGCGGGAAUUGUACCUGUGUCAUUUCAAAGAGUGCCUUGUAUGAAGAAAGGAGGUGUAAGGUUUACUAUAAAUGGUCAUUCAUAUUUCAACUUGGUUUUGAUCACCAACGUUGGAGGUGCAGGGGAUGUUCACUCGGUGUCAAUCAAAGGGUCGAAAACCGGGUGGCAACCCAUGUCAAGGAACUGGGGGCAAAACUGGCAAAGCAACUCAUACCUUAACGGACAAAGUCUUUCUUUUCAAGUCACAACAAGUGACGGAAAGACCAUCACAAGCUAUAAUGCGGCACCAUCAAACUGGCAAUUUGGUCAGACAUUUCAAGGGGCUCAAUUUUAA